AUGAGACUGAGAGAGGCGUCGGGCGGAAGUUCACGGCGGUCAGAUGAGAGGGUGAAGUCGUUUCUACCUUCGGUGGAGGAGUCCUACAAGCCAGACGUGUCGAAAGCGGAGCUGUACCAAAGUUUGCUGAAGGUCGUGUUGCUGGAAUAUAUCAACGAGCCGCGGUUUAGACGGCAGUACCAGCGUUUAAAUGAUGUGGAAACAGGCGAGCUCUUCCCGCGAGAGCGGCAGCCGGUGCGGUCAAGGGAUGAUAGAAAGCGUGCGACGUGGUUCUGGCCGAACGGGGAACUUGAGUCCACGGAGGGCAACGCGCUGAAGAAAGUGCGGCCGAUACUGGAAGGAAGGCUGUCGGACAUCGCUAUUGGCAAGUACAAGAUCCGCAGCGACUUUCUGCGGCGGAGUCUGCUGAAGCUGUACAAUGACUUGUACCUGGACCCGAAUAUGUCGAAUCUGCUGGAGAACAUGGGGCGCUUCGAGGAGCUGAUCAUGCUCUUCGCGAAGGCGGCUAGCGGGGAGAUGAUGAAGCUCGACGUGGAAGAUACACAGAAGGAGCUGUACCAACAGGUUUCCCAGUUCAUAGACAUACUGAUCGACUUGCUUGCUCGGUGCGAGGUCUCGACCCCAGAGUUCGUGUCGAAAUUACGGAGCUACACAGAUUCUUUCAAGCCAGAGGACGGCGAGGGUUCGAUACGCUCUCGGUCUUCGCAAGGCGUUCCGGCGGUUGGGGGCAAUUGCAUUGAAGUUACCGUCAAACCUGCGUUCACGGUGUCCGAAAUAUCGCAUUCGGUUUAUAUUAUGGAGCUGUUCGGCGUCGACGAGAAGCAAUUUAUGGCUGACGUGUUACACCUGAAGGAUGGCAUAAAGAAUGAUUACUACCAGUAUGAGCUUGACGCUAUAAAACACUCCAUAAAAAGCAACGGUGGCUUUACCGCGGACGAUUUUCCUACGAAGGAGUUGUACGAGCAAUGGAAAGAGUACGAAUUGCACGCUAUUGAUGACUUAAUAAAUAGAUUGGAGGAAAACAAGGCACGUCAUAAUGAAUCACUCUCGAAGAAGGCCGGCGUCAAAGUGAUCCCGGCGAAUUCGAGAGGAAUGCUUGUAAAGCUGUUAUGCAUAUUGCUGGAACGCGAGCAGCCAUCACAGACGUCGCCCCUAUCUUCUGAUGCGCAGUUUCUGAUUUCCAAAUGUGCUAGAUAUUGGAGACUAGAUUAUUUUUCUACGCGGGUUUCAUUAUUUUACACUGCAUAUAAUCUAACUUUAUUAGAUGAUGGCGAAAUGUUGAAAGACGAUAUUGAGCACUUGGUGCAGGCUGCUCAGUCGAAAGGUGCACAGGUAUCCGAUACCGAGUUUAACAGCACCAAUUGGAAUGCCGUGGAUAGACACCAAUGGCUCAUAAACCUGAAUCACACUUUUAUUAGUUGCAUGAAUGUUCUUCAUCUGAUGUUAUCGGGGAUCUACAGUAAACCGAAACCUAAAUUUUCUCCUGUUUUGAAUAUAUAUUAUAAUUAUGUGAAGACCGACCCUCUGAUGAUCCAAUACAAUUUCCCGGAAACAGACUUUUAUGGGAAAUGGAUGAAGCAGCUAAAGCGAUGCCUCACCCAUACGAGUGAAGACUACUAUGCCUCCUUGGUUAAGCAGGCUAAGAAAGAACCAUUUGGAAUGUACAGCAUCCAAGAUAUUGCCGAAGGGAUCGUACAGCAGCUGAAGAUCAUCCAGAAACGGUACCCGAAGCCCCUCCUUGACGAGAUUAACAUUACUCGCACAUGUGCCGUUGUCACGAUCCAGAAGUUUUUAGCUGAUCUUCCGGAAUUUAUCAAUGAUGCGGAACAGAACGCGUUGGCAGAGAAUACCGAAGUUUUACCAGCAGUUGCAUUGGAGGCAUACCGGGCAAUACAGGAACUGAAAGAUAUAUGGGUGCAGCUUAAGCCAAAGGAUCUUUCAUUUAACACUGCGGUUCAUGAUCCUUUCUAUAAGUACCUGGAGCGGCUUUGUGCUGAUACUUGCGUGAGAGUGCAUGAGGUGAUUCAUAAUUCAUUGAAGGAGGAAACCUGGGAGCCGAUUGAUGAGAGCCAUCAUUAUAGCUCUUCCGUUCUUGACAUAUUCAAGAUGAUGAACGAGUCAGUACAAAUAUUUGAAAAGCUUCAGUGGGAGAAUGAGUACGAGAUUGCGAAGACCAAGACUCGUCUAUUGAAGUCAUUUUCCGAUGGACUCUGCCAAUAUGCUGCAAAGGUGUUAGCAAUCAUAGAAGAAGAUCUAUCCCAAGCGGAUAGUGCAUUGCAUUCUGACGAUAACUCAUACGAAAACCUCAUCACUCUGCAGGGCACGGCAGAGCGGAUGAAGAACACUUGGCUCUUCAACGAAAUGAGAAACGCUCUAAUGCCCGCUCUUGCAGAGCCCCCAGAAACGUACGAGUUUAAGCAGAGAACGUGCGUAUGCUUAAACAACCUCAGCGAAAUGAUGCAGAAAAUAAACGAUCUCGAAGAGACUGUCAAUGCAGAGAAGAUAUCAGACACUAUCUCGAAGCACCAAGUUAAGGUUGAAGAUAAAAAAGAUAGAAGUGAUAAAGCAGUCCCUCAACUCUAUACAAUUCGCAUUGUCAAGGCCGAAAAUAUCCUUUCUUUCAAUAGCGAUGGGUCUUCUAAUAGUGCUGUCACUCUGGUGGACACCUCAGUUCAGCGGGAAAUUGCAAAAACAAAAGUUGUCCGGAAAACAGUGAACCCCAUGUGGGACGAACUCUUUGAGCUUGUCGUGCCUGCCGGCGAAGCCCGGAUGAUCAGUGCGACUGUGUGGCACCACAGCGCGAAGAUCAACCCAGUCAGCUCAUACAAAGUUUGCGGGAAGUGCUCGCUGUUGCUGGAUCCCACCGUAUACCGCUCAGACGGAUACCCCCAGGAGACCAAUCUUGACCUGGACACGCAGGGCCGUCUAAUACUCCAGGUUUCGCUCGAAAGCGAGCGCUUUGACGCGAUGUUCUGCGUGGGGCGGGCCCACCGUGCCCUCUCCCGCGCCUGCGACAGGGCCAUUGGCCUCAUGGUCAGCAAGUUCACGGCCUUCGUCAACUUCUCUCUCUCGCGCGCCGCGCUCAAGACGGUGGUCAGCUCCACGACCGCCAGCGCGCCUGGCGGCGCGGGAACCAAGACGAACGUCGUGUACGACGCCAUCCUCCCUCUCUUCGACUACCUCAACUCCAACCUUGCAAUCCUGGCCACCGAGCUGACCCGCUCGCUGCUGCACAAGGUGAUGCUGCAGGCCUGGAACACUAUCCUGCACUCCGCGGACGCCCUGUUGCUGCCCAACCUCUCGUGCGCCCGCUCGCGCAAGAAGGUCAUGAGCUCCAAGAGCAUGACCCUGUGGGAGAACGCCAUGAGCAUGGCCAAGGGCGACUCCAGCGACUCUGCCGCCGCCGCAGCCACGAUCCCCGGCUUCGGCUCGGCGCUCACCCCCCGCGAGAUCGACGUCGUCUUCGACUGGCUGCGCGCGCUCUGCGUGGACUUCUUCCACAACGGCGGCGAGGGCCCGCCCCUCCACGACCUCAAGAACCAGCACUACCAGAACCUCCUGCUCGUCCCGGUCUUCUACGACAAGGCCGCGGACGAGCUGCAGGCCGAGGUCGAGCGUCUGAUGCCGUUCUACGAACAGUACCUCGACCGCCGCAACUACUUCGACUUCGGCAGGCACACCGCAUCGCGCCCGGCGCUCCCGAAGGGCUCGCUCGCCCGCAAGGACUCCGUCUGGGCCCACAGCUCGCGCCGCAAGCGCGCCCAGGUCGCCGCCGCCGUGCGCCAGCUCGAGCACGACCCGCUCGAGGUCGCCGCAGUCACGCAGGACAUUCUGCUGCGCAUCCUGCUUCUCCGCGGCCGCGCAGCCUACGUCCAGGACACCCUCAGCCGCCGCGCAGAGCUCGCCAAGGCCAUUGCCACCCGCAAGCUUGUGCGCGCCGCCGUGCAGGGCCGCGGCGCCCCCCUCCGCAAGCCGGACCGUACAUAA